GGUCGAUCCUUGAAGUAUAUAUAAGAGUGGUUUUAGUGUAUCACAAUGAAUCACACGCCUAUUUUUGAAACUUGAAACAUCAUAGUAAUUAAAAGAGAGAAAAACCACACGCCCUUCAAAUAUGGUGCCCGUCUGGAUAUUGUUUCUUAUUUACUUGAAAUGUGUUCCCGCUGUUCCCGAUUGUCCAGAUUCCUGCUUAUGCUUCUCUGAAUUUGUGACUUGUACAUCCGUGAACGAAAAAACAAACUUUCCAACCAGUACCAGAACCAUAGUGUUGGACAAUGCUCAGCUUAGUUCGCUUCCGUCAGGCAUAUUUCAGGAUCUGCCUGUUUUGAAGCUGAUUGAGAUUCGCUCAAGUAAUAUAGGGACAAUAGAAUCGGGCGCUUUCUCAAAUCUACAUAAUUUGGAUUCCAUAUUGAUCAGUUCGUCAACAGUAGGAACCAUAGCGACCACCGCUUUCAGCAACUGUUCUCAAAUAGAAACUAUAGCCAUCUCCUAUUGUACGGUUUCCGCAGUCCAGCUCGGUGCAUUUUCGAAUUUAAAGAAUUUAACGCGACUUGAGAUCUAUUCGAGUAACAUUUCAGUUAUAGAUCAGUCAGCAUUUCAAAAUAUUUCAAAUAUCAAAUCUUUGGAUCUGUUCUUAAAUGAUAUCAUUGAUUUAAAACAAGGGACCUUUACUCGAGUGGUGCCUGUUUCUGCCAAUAUAUACUCUAAUACAUUUGGCCGAGUCGAGUGCAACACCUUUGAAGAACUUUUUGCUGUGGCCGAAAGAAAACAAUUCUAUUCCAACAAAUUUACGUGUAACUGUGACAUUGCCUGGAUUUUACGCGAUGGCCUCUAUACACACACGUUAUCAAAUAACGAAUGUAGUGAUGCUUCUCCGAAAUCGCUGAGGAGAAAAAGCUUGAAGGAAGUACUGCCAUCUUCCAAAAUGGCGAACUGUGUCAUACCAGCAGUCUGUCGGAAUAAUGAGACCCUGAUAACCCCAUCAACUACUCAACGAUCAAACACAGUUUCUAUAUCAAGCACAACCGUGAUUACAUCUGCCCCAGAUACCAUCCCUGUUACGAUAACCAAGUCUUUAGGUACGACCACAACGAAACGUCCGUCAACGAACAUCCGCAAAGAUACCACAACAGCGGAUGGCCUUCCUUCGACUAAAGCUACACCUGUUUCACAGUCAACGGACGAAACAUUCGUCACAAAAAGGAUAACAACACAAUCUCCCAGAGUAACGAGGGAAAUGACUAAAAUGCCGGAAACCACAGGAGAGCAAGCCGGACAAAGGAACCAUUCAGCGACUCUUAAACAAGAAUUUAUUUUCACGGCAUUGUUUGCCAUGUUACUUAUGCUGGGAUAAAUACUGAACAUUUCAAGUGUUUGUCAAUCUGUUGUUUUUGUCAUAGAUAUUAUCUUGUUGUGAACAGCUGUCUGUUAUUUAUAUUUGUGCGUAUCUAUAUUCCCCCGAGAAACGGCUUCCAUACGAAAGGUUUGUCCAAUCAAUGGUCAAAGGAAAAUUCGAAGAAUAAUUCGUAACACGAGGUACAAUUUUAUGGAUACACAAUUACCGAGUUUAAUACUAAGCGACGGGGAUACUCUCGUCUAUAUCAAGCAAAUAAAGACGAGAGUAAUUGUGUAUCCAUAAAAAUGUACCUUGUGCUAAUAUGUUCAAUUACUAAAUGCCAAUCAAGGAAAAUAAUUCGUAAGACCACGCCAAUUUAAUUUUCAGUUCUUCGUGAUCUUGAUAAAUAUGAAUAACCACUUAAAUCACGUAAAAUAUGUUUUGUUUAAAAUUCUAAAACUUAAAAAUUGGGAAGUAAAAGAUUUUGAAUGGAAUAUAGCCAUAUACUUUUGGAUUUUUAAAUAAGUCCUUUUCUAGAGAAAUAAAAGGAAAAUCUAUUAAAGGUGUUCCCGAAGAACAGAAAUGUAUUUGGAGAAAUGUUUUUGAAGAAAUGUUUUUUGGAAAAUGUGUAACCACCUAAAUCACGUAAAAGUACUUUUCUAAAGAAAUCAGAGGGAAAUGUUUUAAAAGGCGUUCCCGAAGAACAUAAAAUGUUUUUGGAGAAGUGUGUUUAGAAAACUGUUUUGUAAGAUUGAUACUUGGAGAUUUGUAUUUGGAAAUUUGAUGUUCGAGAUUUGUUUUUCGUUGUAUGUCUCUGAUGAAAUGUAAAUGUAGGCUAAAUUUUUGAUUUUCUAAAAUAAAUUUUUAUCUUUAUAUUA